AGAUGUGUGUUAGUGGUUGGUGGUUGGUGGCUAUAGAUUAGAAGAGCAAUAGGCAGAUGUUUGGACGUGGCUGGUAGAUGAAUGGAGAAAUGCUUUUGAGGAGUUUGUUUUGAGUAAGGAUUAUUCAUAUCAUAAUGUUUCCUGCAGUAAAUUUAUAUAUUGAAAUAAGGGUUUUCAAUUAAGAUAUAGGUUAGAUUUAUAUUCAUUCAUUUCAUCGCUGGUUUCUUUGUAUUACGGAGAAAAAGGUAAACACAGUCUGCCUGGAAAUUAGUAGGUCAAGGUUAUUUCCUCACUACAGAAGACUUUAUAGUUAAUUUUUGCGUUCACCCUUAUUUUUCCCAUUACUAAUACAGGAGUUGUCCAUUAUACUCAGUCUUCCUUUCCUUUCACUGAUAUAUUCUAGCAGUGGCUAUGUUUGUAUGUUAUGACCAAUGAUUUUCAAGAGGGAAGUUUAAAGUCACUUCUCCAGUUUUAGAUAGUCCUUUUUACCACUUUUCCUGCGCGGGUUGACACCUCAGCAUUUUAUUUAUUUAUUUAUUUAUUUUAUUUAUUUAUUUAUUUAUUUUUUUUUUUUUAAACCCGUGGUCAAUAGCCCUUUUACAUGAAGAUAUAAAUUGCCCCCAGAAUUUCUGCCUACUUUAACUUCACUCCUGCCUUCCCUUGUGGACCAAUUGCCAUCAAGUUACUUCCCCUGUCGACAGUUUUCUUCCCCCCUGAGAGAUUCCUCCCUGUGGAUGUUUUGCUCCUAACUUUUUAGAGGAGAAUAUUGACCCUUUAACAGAUUCCUCUAUAGAUAUGUGCCUUUGAUAUUUUUUACCAAGCAUUAUCAUUAUGUAAAAAACAUCUUAUAAAGAAAGACUGUGGACACUAAAUUUACCAGUUCUGGCAUGUAGAAGAUCUUGAGGUGACCUAAUUGAGAUAUACAAGAUUUUUUGUGGAAAAUAUGAAAGUGAAUGCACCAAGGACUAUUCAAGACGUGUGAAGACACAAUCACUCAGGGGAGUUUGAAGAAGUUAUUCAAGUCCACAGCCCAGCUUAACACCAAAAGUUUUCUUUCUCCCACCAAGUGGCGAGAAGAGCUGCUGCCUAAGUGAGGACAUGGCUGUGGUGUUGUCCCUGGAGUGUGGUGCUGUCAUAGACCAUGAGGCAUGGAUGCUCCAGCUUCUUGACCAACACAACUUUUACCACCACCAAAAAAGGGCUUUAAAUUUCCAAGGCCUUUUUGACAUCAGGACCCCGUUUCUUAUGGAUGGUCAGGCACAGAAAAUUGCAGAGAGACUUGAAGGAAAGAGAGAAGAAACAUUAGAACCAAAGAGAAAGAAGAAGAAGAAAGAAUUGACUUCAAAGACCAGCCCUCAGAAGGAUGCCGAGACGAACCACAUCCUUGACACACUCUCUGCUCUCCAGUCAACUUCAGAAUUCAAAGCAGCAUUUACUUACACUCCCACACCUAGUGAUUAUAGAAUGAAUAACAUCAAAGUUAGAAAUUUAAGAACACAACUCAUGGAGGCAUCCAAUGUGACACUGGCAAGGUUGGAUGGAGCCACUGGGGAUGGUGGAUUUAGUACAAAAGUGGUGUGUGGUGCGAAGUACAUCCUGCCUCCCCACACACGCUACAUAUGUGAUGACGUUGCCAACAUUCUCAGUCACACCUCAGGCAAGAGGUUUGAUCUUGUGGUGAUGGAUCCACCGUGGCACAACAAGCAUGUGAGGAGGAAAAAAUCUGUUCAUGGAAGCCAACAAGGGUACAGUAUGAUGAAUGUUAAAGACAUCUUGAAGAUUCCUGUUGAUCAUUUAGUGAAGAAUGGAGGUCUUGUUGCUGUAUGGAGCACAAGCAAUCCUUCACACAUGCAAGGGUUUCUCCACAGUCUACACACAUGGGGUGUUGAACACAUCGCAACAUGGUACUGGCUGAAGGUGACAAAAGCUGGAGAGCCCAUAGCACUUCAGGAAGGAAGCAGUCACAGCAAACUGCCUUAUGAGAGAGUCUUUAUUGCACAAAGGGGCAAGACAGGAGAGUGUCCAGAAGACAUCCCUGAUAAGUUUGUCUUCUGCAGCAUUCCUAGUGGAAUACAUUCACAUAAACCGCCUCUUUACCAGCUUUUGAAGAGGUUUCUGGUGCCUGAGCCUCGGUGUCUGGAGCUGUUUGCAAGAAAUCUGGUUCCUGGAUGGACGAGCAUUGGACUGGAGGUACUGCGACUUCAGCAUAGUCAUUUCUUUGAUGAUUUGGAGGACUGUUCAGCUGUUUAUAAUGUACAGUAAUUAUUAAUCUUAACAAAACUUUACAAGCUACAAAAAAUGCAAACAUACAUAUAACAAGGCUGUCUCCUCCAAAAGGGGAGAUAGCUAAGAUGAGGCACAUAAUUCUCACCUAUAGUUGUUCUUACCACUCUUCCCAACACUUUGGCCCUCAAUGGCCUUGUCUCUUCUCACAAAAACAUGCAUUUCUCAAAGUUUCCACUAUAGACACUUGCCAUACUGUAAAAGUAGUAUGAAAUGUCAAAUGUCCAAUUCAUAAAGUAACAUAAGUUUACUCUGAAUCAUCCCAUCACGCUAACUUGGAAGUGUCAUGGACCCCCUGAAAUUGAUCUGAAGCCUUGAGUGUUGUGGUGGUGUGUGCAGUCAGGUUAUCAUGACCAAAACCUGAAUAGGUUCUGGUUGACCUAGACCCCUGUCUAUAGUACUAUAAUUCACUUCAUAAUUUCACAAUCAGGAUUUGUUUCAGUGUGCCACCACCACUACCUUGCCUGUGCCUUCCACUUCAGCCAUGCCAUGCAGACACUCACAAAGAUCAUGUUGUGUCAUUUUCACCGAGAACUGAUUCUCAUAAAUUUUAGUCAGUGAGGUUGCUGCAAUUGAUAGUGGAAAAAUCUGGAAUAAAAGUUGAAAUCAUUGCAGUAUAAAUAACAUGAGUAUCAUGUAUAAUUCAGCCAGUCAGAUGACAGGGGCACAGCCUCUUCACUGUGAUGGGCAGGAAUUUAUUGUGUAAAAUUAACCCCUAAAAAAAUUGCUGAAACUCACUGAGCAUUAAAGUAAUUGACUCAUUUCAGCACCAUGAUCAUAAUAAUCCAAUGAUCUCAGUACAUGAAGAGAACUUGUUGCCUUAUUUUCAUCAUUCUUAGUGAGUUACUCCUGUGGCCAGACACAUGCCAGCACCAUGCUAUAACAAUGAUAUCACCACCACUGUAUUUUCAGCACAUGAUAAAAGACACCUAGCUAAUCAAGAAGCAUGGAAACCCACUCUUGUAUUUGGAUUCUCAAUUCUUCCAAUCAUUAAGGGUGAUGAUGUGAUCAGAUAGACAAACAGAACACACACCAGAAAGACAAUAAGACAAAAUACACUGUUGAGAAUCUGUAUUGGGAUGAAAACAAAACUUGACAAACGUAUAAUUUAAUUGGUCUUAAUUGACACUUCACAUGGAAUGAAAAUCACAUACAUUAAAUCCACCACUCUAGUCACUAGUAAAUUUUUUUCUUGAUGACAUUACAUUGAAGAAAGUCUAAGAAUAAUUACAAAAUAUUUUGUACCAUCAGCAUAGUGGCUGUCAAACUAGGCUGAGCAACACAUGUAAUGCCAAGUUCAGUCUCCAUUGUGCUGCCACACUUGUGAGAAGUCCCAUGCAGUACCAAGUGCCUCACUCGUGUGUACUUUUUGUAUUGAGUCAGGUUGUCAGGUAGAGAUGGCAGAGCUGACAGUGCUUCAGUCACCUCACACUCAAGCCUCCAUGGAAACACCUCACAUUACAACAAAAAAUAC